UAUUAUAUGAUUGACUUUGACACAUGAUCAGAUAGUAAAAUAGAGAAGGUCUACAACAGGACUGGGAUGUACAAGUUUGUUAAUUUAACAAUGCUACUUUAAAAAGAUGGCAGCACUUCUGUAUAUUAUAUAUGGGCGUAACCCGGAAGUAAUAACAAUUGACCUUGACAUGUUUCCAGAUGAACAAAAUACAAAAUCAAUUUAGAAUUUUCUCCAAUAUCUCCAAAAUGCAGAGGAUAUUUGUUUAUGGUACCUUGAAAAAAGGUCAGCCUAACCAUAAGUUCAUCGCUGAUGCUGAGAAUGGAAGUUGUAUUUUUAUAGGAACUGGGAGAACAGUAGACAAGUGGCCACUUGUAAUUGCUUCAAAGUACAACAUUCCCUUUUUACUGGACAAUAAAGGGCAUGGGAAGAGAGUCACUGGUGAAGUCUACAGUGUCAAUCCACAACUAAAGGCAAUUUUGGACAAACUUGAAAUCAAAUAUCAAGAAAUAGAACUAGACGUAGAGCUAGACAAUCAACAAGAAGAAACUAAAUGUUCAUGUUAUGUGAUUAACAAUUUUAAACAGGAGCUGAUGGAACUUGAUCUACUGGAGAGCUACAUCGAUGUUGAACUACGAUUUGUCAGACUUCAGGAUAGGGAACCCAAUGACUUUUAUGAUUAUAUAACUGAUGUUCGCAAUUUACCUUAAACUAAAAUUUCCAACUGGAGAUUUGUAGUAAUGUUUCCCUCAUAAUGACAUGAAUGAGUGCCCAUGCAUAGUUUUUAGACGACCCUUCGAAAUUAGAGCGCUACAAGAUGUUAUCUGAGAGUCUGGAGCCAUCAAUAAAGCAGAUAAAAGAAUAUCUGGUGUGCAUUAAUAGUGGACAGCAAUUAGCAAAUUGAUUUUAAUGCCUCCUUAAAUGCUCUACAAAGGUUGUGUUAUAACACAUUUAUGCACUAACUAAUAAAUUAUUCUAUUUAACCGAAAAUUAGGAAUUGAGCUUUGAUAGUAUUUUGUGAUUGUCAUAAAAAGUUAACAUCACAUGAAUAUUUAUAAUGACUAAAUGUU